AAAUAAGGAGUGGUGUUCGUUAGCAGGCGUUCUGGAGGAAAAAAUCCUAAUGUAGCUGUAGCAGUUGUUCUACGUAUACACAUUAUCUUAGUGGGUGUCGUUGAUAGUAAGGUUAUGUUGAUAAAUAACGAUGAGACGUGGACUACGUCCACGGAGAUGUGCUCCAAGUCACAUUAAAAAAUCAGGAAUGAGAUUCUUGGGAGCAUCUGGGCCAUAAGAAUUGACGAUGACUAACUUGUAGAGACCGACUAGUUUUCUGAUAUCUUUUUGUUCCUCGUAAGCUCAUGUGGAAUUAGGUUAGGAAUGAUGGAGUGCUGAAAAAGAUAGUUGGAAAAACAUGGAAAUGAUAUCUAACAGCGAGUUUAAAUCAAUGAAGAUGAGCUUCUCGUGUUCUUCAUUGCAACGCUCAAGCGAGAACCUUGAAAGUUCAGAAUUAGCAAGAAGGAAAGUUAAUAGACCAUACAACAGUCUCACUAAGAAAAGAAAAGAUCCUAAUCAAGAAUAUCACAAACGGAGUUGGAUUAAUCGAGACGACUGUAAAGAUGAUUUUUGGGCUGCCAUUCGAUCUAAUUAUGAUUACAUUAUGGAUACAAAUCUUAUUGAUAGCUGUAAAGAAGCUAAUGGAGAACUCAUUUGGGAUGAAGGUGAUGUUUCAACAUUAUCAUGGGGCUUGAAAGAAGUAAGCUGUCAAUUUUCAGAGUUAUAUACUUGGCUGGGUAUUUUGCAAGAAAUGGUUUAUUCUAAAGAAGAAAAUCUUCUAGAUAAAAGUCUUCGCGCUGCUCACAUGGAGGAGCUUCGACGUAAGGCUUAUCGACGACGAUUAUUUAACGAACAAGCAGCAAAACUUGUGGCUCGCACUCCUUCUCUUCGAGAUGAAGUUGCAUGGCGAGUCGACCAUUUAAAUGCUAAAUGGGAGCUUGUUGAACAAAUAAUGGCCCCAGCCCAACCUACUUCUGACCAACAAGACGUAUCCGCUGACUUUGAACAUGAAGUCAAAUGUCUUAGAAAAUGGUUACGUGAAAUGGAAUCUCGAUUACAACCUUUGAGUUUCCAAGUCAAUUGGACAUUUUUGGAAUUGGAGGAAAAGGCAACAGAGCAUAUGGUUCUACAAAAGGAUAUCGAAACACAUGGCAGAAUAGUCAAUUCUAUCGUCAAGUUAGGAGAACGAGUUUUCAAACAACAACAAUGUAAUUUCAAAAACGAUUCAGACAACAAUGAAGAAAAAUCAGAGAAUCAACAAAAUCGUCAAUCCCAAGCAAUCCGCGUUGCUCGAUCUUUAGAACGACGUUGGCAUUUACUUUUUUUACGUGCAUUAGAAUGGCAAUGUCACAUCGAAACACUUGCUACUCGUCUUUGCAAUAGAAAUAUCAUACAAAAUCGAUGCGUCAGUGACAGUGACGACGAGCCAGUGACAAAACAACCACGAUUGAGUAGGAGACAACUCCGAGAACCUAGAAAAGAGACCCGUGGUUACUCUGGGUGGUCUAGACAAUCAAGUUUUGCAAAACGUUUACUUUCACCGAAGCGUCUAAACCACGGAAUCAUUUCUAGUUGUUCUUCUGAUACCGAUAUGUCCUCUGGUACUCACAAUAACGAUGAAGAAUCUUAUUUUGAGGAUGAUUUAGAAGAGCUUUGUGGAACAGAAGAGAAACAAAAAAAUUUCAAAAGGCCUGAAACAAUUCCAGAUUUUUCAUCUAGUGAUCAAGGUACAGAAGGUGACAUUGAAGAAGGUGAAGUGUCUGAUGACGAAAUGGCACCUACCUUAAAUCCAGCCAUGAUUGACGUAUCCGAAGUAGAUGGGCCAUCUCAUGAUUUAGUUAAAAAUCCAAAAAUUCUUCAAGAUUCAGCAAAGCGGCGUAAAAUUUUUGAUGAAAGUUCGUCUUUUAAUACAUCUGAUCGUAAAUCGAAAAAUUGUGCAACAUUUUACUUCAAACAUCGUGACACUGAUUCAGAAGUUGAUAGAACUUACGAUAAUGACUAUGAUCAGAAUGAUUCUUCUGAAGGAGAAUGGACAUAUACGGCAUCACCUAUAAAAACUUCUGCGAUUGAGCCAAGCGUAUAUAUUGAAGGACCUGCAAUUGAACAAGUUGAGCAUGUCGAAUAUGAAAAUCAUCCUAAGACGAUUUCUGAAAACGAAAAAAUCGAUAGUUGUGAUAGUGAUGAUGAAACUAAAAAAGAUAUCCGAAAGUUGAUAUUAGAAGUGGAAAAACUUGUCAGUGAGGAAGGUCAAAAAGAAAUUUCAAAAAAUUUACCACCACUUAUUUUCGACAAAUAUAGUCAAAACAAUUAUAGGGCUAAAUAUGCUAGAAUCAAGGAAUGGCUCAGAGUUAACUCCCAUCAUGAUACCGAGGAAAUUUCUUCACUGCAGAAUUGGCAGCCUUUAGAUAGUUGUGAUGCAAGUGGUGAAUAUACAACAGGAGAAUCAGAUGUAGAAAAACAAUCCGAUUCUUCUGAUGAUUUACAAAGCAGCGUCGUUACUUAUCGUCAAUAUGAAAAACUUGAUUGUACAGCACUUUCAAUAUCUCAAGAAAUCUUUAACGAUACUGAUCAAACUUUAGUGAAUGAAAUAAGCAAUCCAAUUGGGCCAGAAGAAGCUAGCACUCCAAAAGUUAUGAUGCGUUCCAAGGCGAAAUCAAAUGGACCACGACCAUGGAGUGUAUCUUGUGUUUUCGAUCAACUAAAUUCAACAAAUGAUUCUACAAUAUCACAAUUUUCUAUUUCUGAGACUGCUUUACAUCAGCUGGUAGCUUCUCCACCAACCAAAUCUGCUUCUUUGGAUGCUUCGGACUCUCACAAAGUUUUUAAAAAUUCAACAUCAACCCUUUUGGAAGAAUCUAGUCGUUCAAUUCGGAAUAGUUUAUCACGAAAAAAGAAAUCAAAAUUGAGGAAGAAAAAUUUGAGUCGUAGAAGUGAAUCCAGUUCAGAUGGAGUAAAUUCUGGUGCAAGCGAUUCUAGUGGAACCCAUCAUAACCGCUCUGUACAAAAAGUCACCGAAGAACGAACGCGCUUCAAGAAACCAGAUUGUCAUCGUUGUUUGGUGUCACUAAUAACACAUGGUUCUACACUAUCAUGUCAUUUGCAUAAUGAUGGUAAUAAUGUUAAAAGUUUUGUGGGUUAUCCAUCACCAUCAAUAGAAUUAACUUGUUGCACACCUGAUCCAUCAUCCGGGGGUACAGAAGAUAUUUGCCCUACAGAUCAUGAUACUUCACUUAAUAUUUUGAUGAAUAGACAUGAAGUCAAUAGCCCAACCAAUGGUGAUAGUGAUGCUGAGAAAAAUAGCUUAGGCAACAAUUCGUUUUCCGAACAAGCUUGGGAUAGUUAUCAAGAAAAAUACAUGAGUGAACCAUACAGCGAAACUGCUGAUGUAGAAACAGCUCGCAAACUUCUUGAUUUUGGUGACGACUAUCGUAAUUAUUUAGAUAGCCAGUCUGAUUGUGCCUCUAGCUUAAGUGCUGUAAGAUCGUAUUCACCACCACUUAUUACCAAUCGUAUUUAUUCUAAUAUUUCAACUAUAUCAUCAAAUGAUAGUGAUAGUGAAAGUGAAGGGUGUCGUCAUGUUUUAGAAAAGUCGUAUAGAAAAUUAAUGGUCAUGGAAAAUCAUCUAACUCGCAAUAAUAUUAAUAUGAAGACAAUAAAAGAUCAUAUUGAAUUCGAAAACGUAUGCAAAGACAAUAUCAACUAUCUACAAUCAUUUAUAGAAGCUAAUUGUUCCAUGAGUGAAAAGAGCUUAAAACAAGUUUCUGGUCUUGCAGAGAAGUGGAAGUAUUUAUCUUAUAAAGCUGAAGAAGCUCAACGUAGUAGUACCCUUCAACGAGAGAUGGCUACAAUGCAUUUAGAACUUCGUGCAGUUCAUGAAAGACUUAUUUCUCAUGAAAUUGUUUUGGAGCCUGCAUACUUAAUUGAAGAUAACAUUAAUCAAAUCACAACUGAGCUAGCAACACUCCGAGAACACAAGAAGGCGAUGUUAGCACUAAAUGUAUCAACCCAUAGACUUAUUACCGAGAUGGGUGCUGCUGCUACUUCUGUAUCGAUAUCACUUAAAGAUGCGGUUGCUGAUCUUUACAGAAUUUGGGAUGAAACUUUUCAAAGGGGGAAUCAAAAACUUAGUACAUUACAAGCCAUCCAACAAUUUACUACACGUCUUACAGAACUCCAAAAUGCUCUUCGCAGAGACAAAGAUACCUUAGCAGUAUUAGACGCAGCCUUACAAGCUGGUGCGAUUUCAGAAGUUGCUUCGUCUGUUCGUGAUGUCGCUAGGCUUCUUUCGGAAAAACAGAGUACAAAUUGUCAGAACAAAGUUAUUAAACAAGAUGUAUUAACAUUGGUGUCAAGUGAAAAUUUUGUCGAGUCAGGCCUGUUCAAUUUAGGCCAGGAGACUGGGUCAUUUUCAGAUUCCGGAAUUUCUGAUAGUGGAAGUGAACAAGAGUUAAAUGAGCGUGAACGUCGUUUGGCAGCUCUUCGUCGAUUGACACGUAGCUUGGAAAGUCAACUUGCACCCGGAAAUGAAGCUCUUACAGAAUUAUUACGCAGGGUUGGAAACGCUGAAGCUGAACUGCGGAAUUUACAAAAACAGUGCCGCGAACUUAUUGUCAGAACUGCAGCAAGUGUCAAAGCUCAAGUGACAACACGUUCUCAAGCUAAAUAUUUAUCUAGCAAACGAAAAAAGCGGUUCAUAGAUUCAGAAGCAUCACGUAAGUUUAUCGUUGCAGCUGAUCCUGAUGAAGAACCAAGUACGUCCCAAAACUGGGUUUGGAGAGUUCUAAAGGCUGCAUUGCCUUUACAGUUAGCCUUGAUAGCUCUAUUUUGCGCUGCAUGUUUUUUAGAACCUCAUUGUUGUGAGGCAUCUAAUAAUGUUAAUUUUAUAUUUACUCCACAACUGCGGUAUAUUCGUGGACCGCCACCAAUCUAAAAUGUAUUUGUGGAUUGAAAAUAAUAUUUUUGCUCCAUGGUUCAUGAUAACUGUUACUUUUAUAAACAGAUUAUGAAAAAAGAUUUUCCUACCGUCAUAAUUAUUACUACAAGUAUGAAUUAUAUAAAAAAAAUUUUUCUUAUAAUAGGUGUCUAUUUGUUUUAAAUUUUAUUUUCUAUAAAAUAUAAUGAAUGAUUAAGAAAGCAAGAAAAUAUAUCCGCAAAUAAGAUUUGCAAAGUUUUUUAAAGUAGUUGUUCAGCAAGAAUUUAUUCGAAUGAAUAAUUGAGAAAUUAAAAUACUUCAAUCACUUCAGCGACUAAUGAACAAAUUUCAGUUAUAACCAUUGUAAAAGUAAAUUUUUCGUAUACAAAUAAAUAAUGUCAAUAAAUUAUCAUUAUUUUGUAGACGGCAGUAAGAUUUGACGAUUAACUUUUUAUGGAAAAAAUUCUAUAUCGAAUUAUUAAGAUUGUGAUACUUUUCAUUUUUAGUCUAAACAAUUUUUAUUUUAUCCAAAGUAAUUUUGGUGUUCCUUAAUAAAAUUUUUUAUCAAGAAUAUUUAUUUUACAGCAAAGAAUUUUUGUAUUCUGUAUAGGAGUGUCGAGAAUUUAUAACGUUAUUACUUUUGUUUUUUUUUUUUUUCAUUUUUAUUCAAUUGUAAACUUAAAAAAAAAAAUUAUAAUUAUCAACGUAAAAGGGGAUAAUGUCGGUAAAGACAAUAACUGGGGACACUAGAUUACGUAUAUUUCAAGUAGCUGAUGAAAAUAGAGU